GCGAGCUGGGGAAUUCGCAUCUGCGCAGGUUGAAACAGUCGCCAAGGAUUCUGCGUGUUUUGUUUGUGAGUGAACGCUGGGGCUUUGGAGUUUUAGUGUGGUCGCGGGUGGUCGAGCCCUGGAUGAUGUAAUGAAGGGUUGUUUACAACCACAUCUGGGGUAGUUGUGGAGAAAGUAGGCUAUGCGUUGCUGGCGGCGAUAACGUCAGAAGGGGGCCGUCACGGGCUCCUGGUACGUGUGAGUGCGUGUGCUGGUGCGCGCGUGCGGUCCGGAGGGCGGCCUCAGAGGCUUCCGGUACGUGUAAGUGUGUAUGCGUGUGCGUGUGCGCGUGCCCGUGUUUGUAUCUCUGUGGUCCGGAGGGUGGCCUCAGAGGCUUCUGGUAGGAGUGAGUGCGUGUGCCGGUGUUUGUGUCUCUGUUGUACGGAGGCGGGGCUCAGGGGCUUCUGGUACGUAUGAGUGCGCAUGCGUGUCCGCGCGCGCCCGUGUUUGUGUCUCUGUUGUCCGGAGGCGGGGCUCAGGGCCUUCUGGUAUUCGCCCAGGUGAAAGAUCACUGGUUUGGGAACCCGUUAAAGUAUCAAGGUUAGUAAGUUAGCCUGACAAGUUUCAGGGAAAAAAGCCUAAACCCGGUGCACAAUUAACAGAGAUCCACCGGCUUUUGCCUUUGCGGCAGAGUGCUAGGAUUAAAGGCAUGAGCCAGAAUGCUCUGCUACAGAUCUGAAGACUAGCUUUUAGAAGCACUUUGAUACAAAAACUUCAGAAAAGAAACGUUUGAGCUCCUUGGAAGUGUACUUUGGGUUUGGAAUUGCCAUAAAGCUAUAAAAUCAUAUACUCUAAAACCUCCACCCCAACACUGAAACUAAAGAACAACCCCCCCCCCAAAAAAAAAGACUUAAAACAAAUUAUGGGCUAUAUUUUGGACAAAACGUUGAUUUUGUGUGUGUGUGUGUGUGUGUGUGUGUGUGUGUCCUCAGCAGCAAGUAUCAGCUUGAAUUUUUAUGCCUCUUGAAUUAAUAAAGGAAGUCAAAUGGAUACCAGAAGUUCAGCCACUGAAUAAAUUACAGAAAUUAGAUUUCAGAUCUCUACAGCCAGGAUGUGAUUAUAGUAAGAUGCAUGUCCAGUUAAGUUUGUUAACUCAAAUGUGUUUUCCUCUUAAAAACUAUGCACAUAUUUUAUGUUUAGUAUCUUUGUGAGAGCUCUUAGGAUAGGAUUUUUUUUUCAUUACAACUGAGACUGAAUAUUUCAAUAUUAUUCAUGUUUUUUCCAGCUUUUGCCUAGGAAGUAUUUAUUGUUUUGUAAUGCAUUGGAAUAAGUUUCUGAAGUAUAAAGUUGAAUUGAUCUAGCCACCAUACUCAAGGUGAUCUCUAAUUUUCAUUAAUAAUAAACAGUAGCAUUUUGGUAUGUGAACAUAAGUGAAUUUUUGUUUCUGAUAUUCUUAGAUUAUGAGAGAUGAACUAGGACUUUCAGGGCAACUAUUUUACUUGCCUUUCUUUGGGAUGAGAGCAGUUACUGAGGAAUUUGGGUAUUACAGUAACAAUGUGGGAAUCUCAUGCCAGACAUCAGCAGAAGAAAGACAUGACUUCCUUUGAGUUUAGACUAUUCUUUCCCCUGCCCAAAGAAUAUAUGACAGAUAUGAUAUAGAUAGGGUAUAGCAAGUACACUGGAAGAAAACCAGGUAGGCAGUGACAGUAACACAGGUAAGAAUUGAUAACUGAUUGGCACUAGUGGCAGAAGGGAUGAUAGGGGUAGACUGAUAGGAAAAAAUAGAAAUCUAAUGUUAAUAACAACAAGGAACAUUUAUUGAGUGCUUUAUGUUGGGUGGCAUUUUAGGUGUUGUGUGCGUUAACUCAUUUAAUUAUUAAAAAAAUUAUGACAUCGAUGCUUUAUGUUUACCUAUGUAUUUGAAAACAUUGCAUUUUCCUGAGAUAGCUAGUUAGUGGUAGAGGUGACAAUUAAAUCUAGAGUUUGUUUUAGGCUUGAGACAAAAUCAAGAGUUAGAAGGCCUUGCAGAGUAAUUACAUUACAGGGGCAAUGAGUACAGGAAGCUUAACUGUAAUUUCUAGACACGCUGGCAAGAAAAGAGGAGAUAACAUAUGCUGUGAGUUCAAGUUGGGACAUGUAGGUGAGAUCUUUGGUGUGGGAUCAUCUUGACCUGAACUGCCUGUAGGCUUGGCCCUUGCUCCUGUGUCCCUUUCUAAGUAGGGGUAAGAAGAUGGGUUUUGCUUUGUUUAUUUCUGUUCUUCUUUUCCAGCCACACUGGGUUUUCAUCAAAUUCACAGGCUUGUUUCACUUUUCCUCACAUUGUGAGGCCUUUGUUGUGAGUCAGAGGUAGAGGAGAAAGAUCCUCACAGGGUACCUGCCUUUGCUCCAAACAAUGGCUGCUGCUGUCCUCUCCUAGUCUUAAUGUUUCAGAUCUGUGAAGAAGAAUGUGACCUGCUCUUGGUCCUAAUCAAUAAAAACCUUCCUUAAAUUUCAUAUUAGUUGCAGACACUUUUGGAAUUAGAUGACAAAACUCUUUUCUCACUGAAGAAUCCCUUUCCUUAGCUCUGUUAGUUUACUGCCCUGGAUCUCCUCUGGUGGAUCAAAGAAAAAAUUGAAACUUCGUAGAUUGUCUAGCUGUUUGCCAUCUGAUGUCUUAGCUCAUGUCCAGGAUCUGCCUGCCACCAUACCUGGCUUAUGGUGACUCUUUUAGGAAUAAAUUUGUCAUGUUUUCUAUUUGAUCAGUAAACUUAACAGCCUUUCUGUUGACUAUUUUAAAGUUUGAGAUGUGAUAUAGAAGAGUAUUAAUUAGGAUCUACUUUUAAUCUGUUUUUUAAAUAAAUAAAACAUACCCAUAUGGUUGUUUAUAAGGAGUCCAUGGUUUGUGUGAGACAGAAAGUUUUAAAAUGAGAGUCAAAAGAAAAGUUGACAGACGGUACAAAGACUAAAUUGUACUUUUUUGUUGUAUAUCGACUGGAACUCAUUGUCCUAGUUUAUGAGUUUUUCAUUUCACAUUUAGAAUUUUUCUUUUUAAAUUGGAAUUUGUUUCUCAAAGCAAUCUUUAUUUUAUUUUGCUGAGAGAUUUAUUAGAGGAUGAAAAAGAAGCUUGGGAAAUUAAUGAACUUCACUUUAUUCUGUAUCUUAAAUAAGGCUUGAAUCAAGUUAUGAAUUCUACAUAUUUUCUUCCUCAGAUUUUUCUCAGAUGACUUAAUAUUUAUUAGAACAUGGUAUAUUGAGUUCCUAAAAGUAUGGUCUAAGUGAGAUUCAGAGAAAGGUUCUCUAAAGAUCAAUAAAAGGAAUAGAAUAACUAUGUAUAACUGAACACAUCCCAUAGUAUAGUAUGAGUAUAUUAAGGAGUAGACUGUGGCAGUAUAGGUUUUUAAAGGCAAAUGAGCAUGCUUGCUGAAGAUACCCAUAAUAGAUAUUAGUAGCAAGUGUAUCAUUAGUACAGGCUUACAUAUUCAGAGGUUGUGUGUGUGUGUGUAUAUGUGUGUGUGUGUGUGUGUGUGUGUUUGUGUAUGUAUGCAAUAGACUUCAUUUAGGAGUGAGGAGUAAAGCUGUAGCAGAGACCUUUAGGACAAUAAUUCUCAGGUAGUCAGUCAUAUGUGAGAACCUGAACCUCUAAGUGGCUUUAUGUGUUUUAUUAGGGCUGAUGCUACUCCAGUAAUAUUCCAAAAAAAAUUCUCAAAAGGGAAAAUUCUCAGUUACUUAAUAUUUGGAAGUAAAGCAGCUGUUUUGAAGAUUAGACCUUAUUAAGAGUUUGAAUAAUUCUGUAAAGGGAUUUUCGACAGAAUAAUGUCUUUGGCCCCAGUACCACCUUACACAUACACACCCCUAAAUCUACUUAAGGAUGGCACUGUUGUCAGUGUCUGUGGUGUUGUGAAGUUCUUUAAGCCUCCGUACUUAAGCAAAGGAACGGAUUAUUGUUCUGUUGUAACAAUUGUGGACCAGACACAUGUGAAGUUAACGUGCAUGCUCUUUAGUAGAAACUGCGAAACCCUUCCCAUCAUUUAUAAAGUUGGAGACAUUGUUUGCUUCCGUGGGCUGAAGAUCCAGGCAUAUAAAAAUGAGCUUCAGGGAAUCAGCACACGUGGUUUUGCAUCUUUAACAUUUGAUGGCACCUUAGGGGCUCCUGUCGUAUCUCGUACUUUAAGCAAGAGCUUUAACUUCACUGCUCAGGACUACAAUAUGGUAGAAACCUUGCGGACUUGGGCAUCCACACACAUUUCAGCUUCUUCCAACUUAGUGCAGCUUUCUAAUGCUGAACCCAUGCAGUAUUAUGACCUGACUUGUCAGCUCCUGGGCAAAGCAGAAGUGGACGGAGUGUCAUUUCUCCUAAAGGUAUGGGAUGGCACUAGGACGAAGAUUCCCUCUUGGAGAUUAUGCCUACAAGACAUGGCUUUUGAAGGUGACUUAAGUCACAUUCUACGGCUACAGAAUCUGGUGAUAGACGUUGUCGUUUAUGAUAAUCAUGUCCAAGUGGCUAAAUCCCUAAAGAUAGGAAGCUUCCUUAGAAUCUACAGCCUCCAUACCAAGCUUCAGCCAGUUAAUUCAGAGUCCCCAACUUCCUUGGUAAGACUCGAGUUUCAUCUUCAUGGAGGAACCAGCUAUGGUCGUGGGAUCAGGGUCUUACCAGAAAGUAACUAUGAUGUGAAUCAGCUGAAAAAAUCUUUAGAAUCUGUAGAUUUGGAAGCUAUUCAGACCUCAGAUGAUACCUAUCAAUCAGACAAUGAGAACUGUUCAAGCCCUGAAUCAGACUCAGUUUCCCUGUAUGAGAUGGAAAGAUGCCAGCAACUCUGUGCUACAAAACUUACAGAUUACCAUUGUUUAGAGAAGACAUCGUUGUGUGCCAUUUUGAAGCAAAGUGCUCCUCGACAAUAUCGAAUCAUAGCAAAGCUAAGAUCAUACAUGCCCAGAAGACUUUUACAGUCUGUGAAACUCCUUUGUCCUAAAUGUCAUUUAUUGCAAGAAGUUCCAUAUGAUGAAAAUGUGGAUAAAAUUUUGCAAGAUGCAUCAGGUAAAGCCCCAGACUACAAGCUGCAUGGUACACCAUUAUAUGACUCAGAAGUCUGGACCACAAAAGGCCAAGAGGGACGGCAGGUUGCUGUUCAUUUUGUAAAGAAUGAUGGAAUCCUUCCUCACUCAAGUGAAUGUCUAGUUUUGAUAGAAGGAGGACGGCUCUGUGAAAUCUAUAAACUGUCAAGCAUGUUUCACAGUGUGAUUCCUGUGAAGUCUGGCCCUGAGGACCUGGAGCUCCUAGACCUUGCAGCACCAUUCCUCAUACGAGGAAAGGUGUGUCAUUAUGGAGACUUGAAGUUCUUGGCAUACAGAUCUUUCACUUGCUUGGUUAAAGUCACACCAAGAUGUAAUCAGUGCUCAAACUUGAAAUCCAUACAAAACCUAAGUACUAUUCCUAAUAAAAGACUAUGGCUUCCAUCCUCUGUAGCAGAAGCUCUGGGCAUUGUACCUCUACAGUAUGUGUUUGUUAUGACUUUCACAUUUGAUGAUGGAACCGGAGUAUUAGAUGUCUACCUCAAGGAUUCUGACAAGUUUUUCCAGAUCCCAGCAUCAGAAGUACUCACUGAUGAUGACCUGCAGAGAAAUCUGGAAAGGAUCAUGAAUGUUAUUUGUCCUCCAGGAAUAAAAAUAGAUGCAUACCCAUGGCUGGAGUGCCUCAUCAAGUCCUACAAUGUCACAAGUGGAACGGAACAUCAAAUAUGUUACCAGAUAUUUGACACCAUGGUUGCAGAAGACAUCCUCUAGUACUGCUACUCCAUGUAGUAGGUGCAUGGAGGUGGGGAGUGUAGUAGUCUUACAAAAAGUUAUGACUGUGACUCUAAAAACCCACUUCUCUGUUAUUGAAUUACUCAUUCCAAUUUUCACUAGAGCAUUAAAUUCUUUUAUACAGAAA